CCAGCACAACUCGGGGUCUCUGUGCGAGUCGCAUCCCCUCUCCAUCCACAUCCUCCCUCUCACGCUCCUGUUCUUCCGGUCAGGAGGGAAGGCGAAUCUGCUCAGACCACUAGCACCUAAUUGACCGCAGGUGCUCCACGUUGUACCGAGUCGGAGGUACAAUCGAACUUUUUUCCUUCCACUUUUUCGGCCUCUCGGACACGACCACCAGGACAGUCCACCAUGGCCCCCGCGGCGACAGACACCAAUUGGUCCGUCGAAUACGACACCCUCAGGCGGGAGAAGCUCUUCCGGAACCCGCCCAAGGACCAUACCGCGUUCCCGGCUCUGGCAGCGGCCAUCCGGCCACACGUUGAUUCCUUCAAUGCGCUCUUCGACGGCCCCAAGAUCCUGGAGGCGGCUCUGAAGGAUAUCGGAACCAAAACCUUCCUCGACGGCGAGGCCGAGACAUCCGAGCAGAAGAAGGCGCGGCAAGCGGAGGGCCGCAGGGCGCCGAAGCGCAACAAGCUCAACGUUCGCGUCACCCAGGUUUUCUUGGACAAGCCGGCCCUCCCGGCUACCAACAAGUUCACCAGUCGCAACCGCAACAUCUACCCCUCCGAGUGCAGAGAGAGACACGCCUCCUACCGUGGAAAGCUGCGCGCCAGACUCGAGUGGCAGGUCAACAAUGGAGACUGGCAGGAAUCCAUCAGAGAAUUGGGUCAGGUCCCAAUCAUGAUGCGGACCAACCGGUGUCAUCUGGAGAAGGCGACCCCUAAUGAGCUCGUCGAGCACAAGGAAGAGUCGGAGGAACUGGGUGGCUACUUCAUCGUCAACGGAAACGAGAAGCUCAUUCGAAUGUUGGUCGUCGGAAAGCGGAACUUCCCCAUGUCGAUCGUUCGUGGUUCUUUUGUUCGCCGUGGACACACCUACACCAAAUACGGUAUCCUCAUCAGGUCCGUCCGGCCGGACCAAACGUCGCAGACGAACUUCCUCCACUACCUCACGGACGGCAACCUGACUUUCCGUUUCUCCUGGCGCAAGUCUGAGUAUCUCGUCCCGGUGAUGAUGAUCCUCAAGGCCCUGGUGGAGACGAACGAUCGCGAAAUCUUCGAGGGAAUUGUCGGAGGCUCUUCCUCUGAGGGCAUCAAGAACACAUUCGUGACGGAUCGUGUCGAGCUACUCUUGCGGGUAUACAAGCCGUUCAACACACACAGCCGCUCUGCUUGCCGAGCUUUCCUCGGAGAGAAGUUCAAGCCGGUUCUCGGCGUGCCAGCGGACAUGUCCAACGAGGAUGCCGGUACCGAGUUCCUCCGCAAGGUGGUCCUGCCUCACCUGGGUAACCACAAUGUGACCGAGACCCAGGAUUACGACAAGUUCAAGAUGAUCCUAUUCAUGAUCCGCAAGCUCUACGCUCUGGUUGCCGGAGACUGCGCUCCUGACAACCCGGAUGCUGUCUCCAACCAGGAGAUUUUGCUCGGUGGAUCGCUCUACGGAAUGAUCUUGAAGGAAAGACUCGAGGAAUGGAUUCGGUCUUUCCAGCCGAUCCUGAGGGAUUGGUCCAACCGUAGCCAGGGCGCGAAGUUCAGUGAUCCGGCAUUCGAGCGGGAUUUCCUGUCCAAGGUUGUGAAGCGCAGUAACGAAAACAUCGGAGGAGCUCUGGAGUAUUUCCUGUCCACGGGUAACCUCGUCAGUCCCACGGGUCUCGAUUUGCAGCAAGCGUCCGGUUACACGGUCAUGGCGGAAAAGAUCAACUUCUACCGAUUCAUCAGUCAUUUCCGAAUGAUUCACAGAGGUAGUUUCUUCGCCCAGCUGAAGACGACGACCGUCCGUAAGCUGCUGCCUGAGAGUUGGGGUUUCUUCUGUCCCGUGCACACACCUGAUGGUGCGCCCUGUGGUCUGCUUAACCAUCUUGCGCACAAGUGCUUGAUCGCGACGAGCGAUGUGGAUGUCACUCAGGUUCCCAAGGCGUUGAUCCAGCUCGGUGUGCGGUCUGAUUCGUCAGUUUCCGUGGCUGAGAGUGUCACAGUCCAGCUCGAUGGCCGAAUCAUUGGAUACUGCUCACCGAAGCAGGCCUCUGCGAUUGCCAACACCCUGCGACGUUGGAAGGUGGCGGGCUCUGACAAGAUCCCGCGCGAACUGGAGAUCGGCUACAUCCCCAACACCAACGGUGGUCAGUACCCCGGUAUCUACAUGUUCUCGCAGGCCGCCAGAAUGUACAGACCCGUCAAGCAUUUGGCUCUCGACAAGCUCGACUUUGUCGGUCCGUUCGAGCAGCCAUUCAUGGAAAUUGCCUGCUUGCCCCAGGAUCUCAUCGCCGGCGUUUCGACCCACAUCGAGUUCUCACCCACCAACAUCCUCUCCAUUGUCGCCAACAUGACGCCGUUCUCCGACCAGAACCAGUCUCCCCGUAACAUGUACCAGUGCCAGAUGAGCAAACAAACAAUGGGUACGCCCGGUACGUCCAUCGACUUCCGUACCGACAACAAGCUCUACCGCCUGCAGACCGGUCAAACACCCAUCGUCCGGUCCCCUCUCUACAACGCCUACGGUCUGGACAACUUCCCCAACGGCACAAACGCCGUCGUGGCUAUUAUCUCGUACACCGGCUACGACAUGGACGACGCGAUGAUCAUCAACAAAUCGUCCCACGAGCGUGGAUUCGGACACGGUACGAUCUACAAGACCAAGGUUCACUCUCUCGACGAAAAGGACUCCCGCCGUGGCAAGUCCAGACGCGAGGUCACCAAGCUGUUCGGUUUCGCCCCGGGAGGCGAGAUUCGGGCCGAAUGGCGUGCCACCCUGGACGAAGACGGUCUUCCUCACCUCGGCUCCCGAGUCAAGGAGGGCAGUCUCGUCGCCGCGUGGCACACGGUGCGCUACGAUGCUGCCUCCGACUCGUACGUGAACGUCGACGGAAUCACCCACUUUGUCAAGUACAAGGACCAGGAAGACGGCUACAUCGACAGCAUCCGCAUCAUGGGCGCGGAAUCGGGCGUUGAACCCUGCCAAGCCAUCAGCGUCAAGUACCGCGUGCCGAGAAAGCCCAUCAUCGGUGACAAGUUCUCCUCCCGUCACGGACAGAAGGGUGUUUGCUCCCAGCUCUGGCCUGCCGUGGACAUGCCCUUCUCCGAGAGUGGCAUCCAGCCCGAUCUCAUCAUCAACCCUCACGCUUUCCCCUCCCGAAUGACCAUCGCCCAAAUGAUCGAAUCCAUGGCCGGCAAAGCCGGCGCCCUGCAUGGCCACCCACAAGACUGCACGCCGUUCCAAUUCUCCGAAGAAAACACCGCGGCGGACUACUUCGGACACCAGCUCCGCAAAGCGGGAUACAACUACUACGGCAACGAGCCGCUGUACAGCGGCAUCACGGGCAAGGAAUUUGCCGCGGACAUCUUCGUCGGCGUCGUCCACUACCAGCGUCUGCGUCACAUGGUCAACGACAAGUUCCAAGUCCGUACCACCGGUCCCGUCAACCAGCUGACCGGCCAGCCCAUCAAGGGUCGUGCCAAGGGUGGAGGUAUCCGAGUCGGAGAGAUGGAGCGUGAUUCCCUGAUUGCCCACGGUGCCGCGCAUCUCCUCCAGGACCGUCUGAUGAAUUGCUCCGACGCCACCCGCUCUUGGAUCUGUCGCGACUGCGGCUCGUUCCUGUCGACCCAGGUCGCUGUUUCGGGCGCCGGCUCGAAUAAGGCGCGGGCUGCCGCUGCGAAGGCCGCGUCCGAUUCCCAGGGUCUGGUUCAUGGCCAGGAGAAGGGCCAGUCUGGUGGUGACCGGAGCGGUGGUAAUGCCGCCCUGGGCGGUCUAUCCGGUAUCGUCCGCUGUAGACGCUGCGCGCGCGAGGCCGUCUUCGAUGACUCCCGGGCGGAGAUCUGGGAGGAUGGCGAUGGUCAUCGCUACGUUGGCGGUGAUAAUGUCACUAUUGUGGCUGUUCCGGGUGUCUUGCGCUUCUUGGAUGUUGAGCUUGCCGCUAUGGGCAUUCGCAUGAAGUUCUGGGUGGAUAAUUAAGCAAUCGAUCUCGAUUGUCUCGAUUGAUCAUUUGAUUGAUGAUUCGUGCUGUGUGGCUGGGUGACGACCCGUUUGGAUUAGAUGAAGUGGAUAAAUCUACAAAAGCAUCUUUUUGUUAUGUUAUGUUUAUGUUCUUUUUUAGAUCGGGCGCAUUUCAGCACUAUUUUCUUGACUGCUAUAUUCCUCUGCUUUUUGGUCCUUGGGGAUGUUUCUAUUGAUGUGUAUGUGUAUGUAUGCAUGAUGUAUUUAGUG